ACCGAGCUGGAGGAAUUAACCAUAGAUCGAGGAAACCGGUUAGCUCGGCAUCAAGCUCCGAACCUCACGGCAGUUCGUUCUUGGUCACGGCAGACAGUUGUUCGUGACAUUAAUGUAUCGUAGUUCAACUAAAUUUGAAUCGUCAGUGUGUUCACUUUUUUUUCAAGUUUUCGGUCGUCUGCAGUUUUUGUGAGACAUUUGCUGGUGCAAACAGCUGGCGCUCGAAAGCAUAUUCUCCUGUUAUAAUUUUAACGUUCGUUGCCGACGGCACAUGCUAAUAGAAAUUUUGUGGAUUAAUUAAAUACGAACAAUGGUAAUAAUUUCAUUAAUUCACGACAAUUCGAGAGCCUUUUAUGUACCUACUGUGAUACGUAAGAAAGGAGUGCACUUUUACUGAAAACAAAAGCAGCUGAAUUGCUGUGUGGAGGAGAACUGUUUCGCGGCCAAUGUUUGUUGGAGUUACGAGUCGAGUGGCGGGAGAUGGUUGAAGAAUAAAAUAAAACGAGAAAGGAGAACUGUGAUGUCAUAGCAUGUACCAAAGAAAAGUUACCUGGCAUUGUUUUGUUACCGAUUGUCGAUCAAGAACAACGUGAUUUUGUCAGGAAUAUAAAUAACGUGUUUGCGAAACGUGGAAAAAAUCGUCGUCGUAAUAAUUGCACUGGGUGAAUGUGGAAAUUAGACAAAAACUUGAGAGUGAAACGUGACUAGUAGUGGGCCGCUUCGAGGAUACUAAAUAUAAAGAAUACUAUUUAUAAAAUCAAACCGUGAGUGGAUGUUUAUCAACGGUCGGUACCUCACAAUUAAUCGCUUUUCCAGCGAGCUAGAUGGAGGAAACGUUGGAAAGAGGAUACUUUCAUUGGGCAGAUUGGCUGGUGUUCGGGGUGAUGCUCGCCGUGUCUGCCGCCGCAGGAUUAUGGCAUUACAGAAAAGCGCAGAAGUCGAGCACGGAAGAUUAUCUCCUCGGAGGAAAGAGCCUGGGUCUCUUCCCGGUGUCUGCUUCUCUCGUAGCAAGUUUCAUCUCUGGUGUAACGAUUCUCGGGACACCGGCUGAGAUAUACAAUUUCGGGACUCAAUACUGGAUCACUAUCAUUUCCAUAUUCUUCUCUGGAGUAGUCGUAGCCACGGUCUACGCACCUGUAUUCGUGGAAAUGGGACUUAAUUCCGUGUACGAGUAUUUAGAGAUAAGAUUUAAUCGUGGCGUAAGGACCCUCAUAUCGUUGAUCUUCGUUAUUGAUGUGGUACUUUACCAAUCGAUCGUGGUCUACGUUCCUGCAUUAGCGCUAAAUCAAGUGAGCGGCAUUGAUGUGCAUUUGAUCGGGAUCGUUGUAUGCUUCACGUGUGUGUUCUAUACCGUUCUGGGUGGCAUCAGAGCAGUAGUAUGGACGGAUGCUCUGCAAGUUGGGGUCAUGAUCGUUGGUGUUGUAACUGUUACCGUGUUGGGCACAUAUCAUCUCGGUGCAGCGGAGAUAUGGAAGGAAGCAUUAAAUGCCAAUAGAAUAGAGUUUCUGAACUUCGACCCAUCCCCGUUCACGAGACAUACGGUGUGGACUGUGUUGAUCGGCUCGUGGCUCUACAGCACCGCAUACAUAGCUGUGAAUCAGACCAUGGUACAGCGUUACAGAUCACUGAAAGAUUUGGCAACGUCCAAACUAUCUUUGGCGAUAUUUACUAUCAGCAUUAUGUUGUUCAUAUCGCUGUGUUGUUGGUGCGGUCUUGUUCUGAUAGCGUGGUGGUCUCCACCAAAAUGUGAUCCCAGAGCUAUUGGUUUGAUCACCGCCGACGAUCAACUAUUUCCGGCUUACGUCAUGGAAAUUGCAGGCCAUUUGCACGGAAUACCUGGCCUUUUUAUUGCCGCCAUUUUUGGCGCUGCACUCAGCACCCUUUCCGUGGGCUUCAAUUCAACUUCCGUCGUCGUUUUGGAAGACUUCAUAAAGGGUUGUUUCGGACUGCAACUGAGCGACCGAUGUUCGUUCAUCUUCGUGAAGAUGCUGGUCGUUCUCCUUGGUUCGAUUGCUCUGGGCUUGUUAUUUCUGGUGGAGAAACUGGGUGGUAUUUUAGCCAUAACGGGAAGUCUCGCAGCGAUAGCGGCGGGUACUUCGUUUGGGGUAUUCACGUUGGGUAUCCUCUUUCCAUGGACGAACUCUAAGGGCGCAUUCAUGGGCGCCAUUGUAGGUUUUGUGGUAGCUGGUUGGGCGAGUUUCGGUGCAAACUGGUCUAUCGGUACUGGGCAACUGGUCGCUAAGAAACUUCCUGUGCCUCUCUCCCAUUGCCCGGCCAAUAUCUCGAAAAGUUUCUUAAUGCAGUUCGAGCAUCCGGAUGAAGAUGAAGUAUUUCCCCUUUAUCGGUUGUCGUAUCACUGGAUUACCGGUCUCGGGGCAAUAAUCGUAAUCAUCGUUGGUAACUUCAUCAGUUGGUGGACUGGUCCGAUAGAUCCUUCUACCAUUGAUAGGAAAUUGCUGUCACCAGUAAUACAUUCAUUGCUGCCAAAGCCAACGCUUCUUAGUAACAUUAAUAUUGAACACAUUGUUCCACCUACUGAUUUCCAGGCUACCGCCAACCUCUUGUUAGCGGAUUUGAAAAAGAAACGGAGAAGUCAAAAUUUCCCCAAUGGAAUCACAACAUAGCGCUGAUGUUAAAUAUUCAUCAUACAUUCAAAGCAACGGUGCUGGAACACUUUUACUUCGUUGAUGACACAAAUGUUUCAAUAUUUGCAUCCACGAUUCUACUAAAGAUUUCAAAGCCGAUAAGCCGGAGAACUUUACGUAUUACCUAUGUCACUGUACCUUACAUCGAACUAAAUGCCUUAACAGGCAAUAGAAGUUAUCCUCUUGUCACCAACAGUUUUAAGGACCGAUCUAGAAACAGCAAAUCACAUCUUUGUACACUUACGUGCACAAAUGCAAUUACUAGUGCAAUUUACAUACUGUUUUAUAUUG